ACUAGAUCCUAAGUAUUGUUAGCUAUCCACAGUUAUAGUUUAUUUCAUCUUUAAUGAUAAGAGGCUUCAAGCGCGGGAAAACAAGUGUUUGAUGUUCUUUCUUCAUUUCAGAAACGUAUCAGAAAUAUACAAAGGACAAUGUCGAGUCCUAUGAGAUUAUCAGAUGCAGAUAGUCCUGGGAGAACUCCUAGAAGACAAAAUCAAGAUACUAGAUCCCCUUCUGCUUUUGGUACUCCCCGUAAUUCUGCUCGUAAUGGAGCUGAUAAUAAUGUGGAAACUCCGUUAAGAUGGGGCACCACUGGUACACAACAAAGUACUUUAGGUUCUGGAAACCGGGCUGCAACAAUUGUUGCUUCUUCUGAACAUGAAAGUGCUAUUGGUUCUGGUGAUCAAUUUAUAGACCACUCUGGGCCAAUUAAUGGUUCAGAAAGUGGUCUACAAUUAUCUUCUCCGAUUAAUUAUGGUACACCAAGCUCGCUGGGGUCAAUACGUACCCCAAGAAGUGGAAUCCGAGGCACUCCAAUUAGGCAUAGACCUGACAUUAAUACGGACAGGCGGUUGCGUCAAUUUACGUUACAAGAACCAAUUGCAGAAGCACCAAAUGGUACAUCAGAAAGUGAUACAGCAGGAGCUCAUUUGGUUGUUUGGGGGACAAACAUAGUAAUAAAUCAGUGUAAAGAACAAUUCAAAUCAUUUUUUCAACAAUUUAUUGACCCAGAUGCAGAAAAUGAUGAACUACCAGAAAAUAUGAAUCUGUCAGAACCUUUGUAUCUUCAAAAAUUAGAAGAGAUACAUACCUUGGAAGAACCAUAUUUAAAUGUCAAUUGCGCUCAUGUAAAAACCUUUAAUGAACAUCUUUAUCAACAAUUGGUUUCAUAUCCUCAAGAAGCAAUUCCAACAUUAGAUAUGGCAGCAAAUGAAUUAUUCUUUGAAAAAUUUCCAGCAGCUGUUCUGGAGCAUCAAAUUCAAGUACGUCCUUUUAAUGUGACCAAGGUUAAAACUAUGAGAGAACUAAACCCUACUGAUGUAGAUCAAUUAAUUACAAUACCAGGAAUGGUAAUUAGAGUAUCACGAUUAAUUCCACAAAUGCGAGAGGCUUAUUUUAAAUGUAGCGUUUGUGCUUUUACAACCAUUGUAGAAAUUGAAAAAGGGAGAACCAAAGAGCCUACAGUAUGUGCACAUUGCACUUAUAAAUAUUCUUUCACUUUAGUACAUAAUUUGAGCCAUUUCUCUGAUAAACAAAUGAUUAGAUUACAAGAAGCUCCAGAUGAGAUGCCACAAGGACAGACGCCACACACUAUUGUUUUAUUUGCGCAUAAUAACUUAGUAGAUGCAGUGAUGCCUGGAGAUAGGGUCUCUGUUACUGGAAUUUAUAGAGCAGCAACACAUAAACCUAAUUUUGAUCACAAUUUGCAAGCCAUUUAUAAGACUUAUAUCGAUAUAGUUCAUUUUAGAAAGCACAACUCUAAACGGUUAUAUGAUCAAGAAGAUGGAAAAGAACAUAAUUUUACACCGGAAAGAAUAGAAAUUUUGAAAUCGUUGUCGCAAAAGGGUGAUAUCUACGAACGAUUAGCAAGACAUAUUGCUCCUAGUAUAUAUGCAAAUAAUGAUGUAAAAAAGGGAAUUAUAUUACAAUUGUUUGGAGGAACUAGAAAGACUUUUACUAUAUAUGGCAAGCAUUUUCGACCAGAUAUUAAUAUAUUACUCUGUGGUGAUCCCGGUACAAGUAAAUCACAAUUAUUACAAUAUAUAUACAAUUUGGUACCACGAUCUCAAUAUACUAGUGGCAAAGGUUCCAGUGCAGUUGGUUUAACAGCUUAUAUAACAAAAGAUCCAGAAACUGGACAAUUAAUAUUACAAACAGGAGCUUUGGGACUUGCAGAUAAUGGGAUAUGUUGUAUUGAUGAAUUCGAUAAAAUGAAUGAAAGUGCAAGAUCAGUACUACAUGAAGUAAUGGAACAACAAACUUUGAGCAUUGCUAAAGCUGGAAUUAUUUGUCAAUUAAAUGCUAGAACUAGUAUACUUGCGGCUGCUAAUCCAUGUGAAUCUCAAUGGAAUAAGAAUAAAACUGUGGUUGAAAAUGUGCAAUUACCACAUACACUGCUUUCACGAUUUGAUUUGAUUUUUUUAAUAUUAGAUCCACAAGAUGAAGCAUAUGAUGGUAGACUUGCAACUCAUAUGGUAUCUUUAUACUAUAAGACAAUAGAGGAAGAUGAAGAUGAACUGAUAAAUAGAAGUAUUGUUCGUGAUUAUAUAGUUUUUGCAAAAGAACACGUUCAUCCUGUCCUCAAUGAAGAAAGCCAACAAAGACUGAUACAAGCUUAUGUUGAUAUGAGAAGAGUUGGAAGAGGAUAUGGACAGAUAACGGCAUAUCCUAGACAAUUAGAGUCUUUGAUACGUUUAUCUGAAGCACAUGCUAAAGUGCGAUUGAGUUCCGUUGUAGAGUUGCAAGAUGUUGAAGAAGCUUGGAGGUUGCACAGAGAAGCUAUAAAACAAUCAGCAAUUGAUCCAUUAAGCGGAAAAAUAGACAUAACUAUCUUAACUACAGGUAUAUCUACAGGAACUAGGAAAAGGAGGAAAGAACUAUGUGACGCAAUUCAAAAACUAAUUGAAAGCAAGGAUAAAAUUCAUAUACUUAAUCAACAAAAACUUUUUGCUGAAAUAAAACAAUCUUCUGAAUUGCUUGUUACACGAGAUAUGUUUGAUGAUGCUUUAAGAGAGCUGCAAAGUAAUGGAUUAAUAACGGUAAUUGGGAGAAACAAUAUUCGUAUUUCUUAACUUAUUUUGUAUACUUCAUCAUUUUAAGCUAGACUUAUGUGUGAACAAAGUAUAUUUAAAGCAAUGAAUAUACACUUUUAUUAUCUUUUGCAAAUUUGUAUUAAAUAUAUCUUUCAUCAUAAAUUAAUAUUAUUUAUUAUGUGUAAUAUCCUCAAUCACGUAAUCUUAAAUCUUAAUCUAUAUGAUUUUUAUCAUCAAAUUUUUAAAUAUAUAAAGCAGUGGUUCUCAAUCUCCUUCUUAUAAAUGUAUAUCACCAAUAUAUUAAAUAGAAACAAAUUGGUAUAGUAGUAUGUUAAUCCGGGCCCUUCCACAUGAUAAUUUGUCAAUUAACAGUAAUUAGUGGGUUGAUAAAUUAGAAACUGUAGGUUACAGAUUCGUCUUUAAGAAUUUUGCAACAAAUAAGAUAAUCAAACAAUUUAUAAUUUGUAAAACUUGCUUAUAAAAUUUCAUUUAUUUUAUUAUCAAAGUUAUUAUUGUGUUAUAUAGGAAAAUUUAUUAAUACCGAUAAUUUAUGAUGAGAAAUUUCACCAAUAGUAUUAGUUCAGUUAUAAAACAGUUACAGUUACAGUUCAAUAAAUAUGUGAAAUUUUUCAUGAUUAUUAUAUGUUAUUAUAUUAUUAUUGCUUAUAUUACUUUUAUACCCAUACUUAUAUUUAUAUUAUUUUAUUAUAUUAUAUUAUUUUAUACUUACACUUAUAUUUGUAUUUAUUUAUUAAAAUUUUGUUUUCAAUUUGUUGAGUUUUUAACAUUUUUGAAUGUUACAUAUAUACUUUUUAUUAUUCUCUAUAGUAAUGCUUAUAUAAAUUGAUUUUUAAACGACUUGAAUGUUAAUAAGAAUUGAAAGAUAUACAUGAUAAAAUUACAAUACUAAACUUAACCAUUAUUGUACAUUAGCUGAGAGGAAAUCUCCUCUCUGAUAUUGCAUAAUGUAACAGUAUUAUAUUUUAUUUAGCUUAAUUUUAAUUUUAUUAGCAUUAAUAUUUAAUUUCUAUCAGAAUAAAAUUAAGAAAUUUAUAGAUAAUAGAUUUUGUAAUUAAACAUUAUAGAUUUUCUAUAUAAAUGUAAUUUUUAUGAAAGCAAAAUCUUUUAAUUUUUUUUAAUUUGAACUGCUAACCAUUUUUAGAUUUGUAUUGCAUAACUUUGAAAUAUAUAUUACAAAAUUUCCGUAUUUUUAUUGUAUUACGUGCAUGUGAAUUUUAUUAAGCUGAUGCGCAUUCGUAAAAAUCCCCACCAAAUGUAUUACACUUUACAGUGCACUGGUUAUCAUUUCAACCAUUAUUUCAUGUGUAUCCGAUCCUCCAUUUAAAUGAAUUAUUUGAAAUUAAGUAUGUUUUUAAAACAAUAUUCAUAAACACAGUGAAUAAGUAAAGCAUUUGCUUAAAAUUUGUUGUGUUCAUAGAAAUAGCAUUUUAAUUCUUAUAAAAUAAAUAAAACGUUUAAGUCUACGUUCAUUAUUGAGGCCAUAUAUUGAGGUCAGGAGUGCUGCAUUUAACGAAAGACCCCCAACUGCGUUUUCUAUCAAUCACAAAACAAGGACAUCAAGGACGUUAUAAUACAUAUUUGUUUGUUACCACUGU